AGCUCAAAUCCCAAAUUAUUGCUGGGGGGACGGGGACUGCUGGUCAGAGCUACACUCUGAAUGGGCUGGGGCUGGGAACAUUGCCCCAAAUGAGAAGACCUAACCAGGAAUACUAGCAGACAUUUUUCCACCAGAGGUCUAGCCACCCCAAACCGGUCUUUUGGAUACCACAAUCAUGGACCUGGAAUAUCUGUUGAGUAUGGACCCAGCUGCAAUUCUGCUGGUGCCUGUUGUGGUGGUGGUAGCUAGAGUCAUCCUUUGCGGAAAAACUUGGGAAAAACUUGAAGGUUUUGCUGAUAACCUGACUAGCGCUGCAGACCCUAAAUUAACCUUCCCUCCUAAACUUGUGCUGGUGGAUUUCGGUGACAUGAACAGCAUGCCAGAUGUGAUCGUAGAGACGCUGGAGUGUUAUGGCUGUGUGGAUGUGCUCAUUCUCAACAGCAGCCUUAAAGUCAAGGCCCCAGUACAGAGCACAUCACUGAAGAUGGACAAGCUAGUUAUGGACAAUAACUACUUUGGCCCUAUCACAGUGGCUAAGGGUCUUCUGCCAUCCAUGAUGUCGAGGAGGACUGGCCAUGUGAUUCUUGUCAACAGCAUCCAGGGCAAGCUGGCUAUGCCUUUCCGUGCCACUUAUGCUGCCUCUAAGCAUGCGGUCCAAGCCUUCUUUGACUGUCUGCGGGCUGAGGUCCAAGAGUAUGGCAUUUCUGUCAGCACUGUCAACCACACCUUCAUCAUCUCCCCUCCACCUGGGGAAAAGACCAAGAAGUCCAUCUGGUCAAUCUUCUCCAAACAGAAGGUUAUGGGCAUCACACCAGCAGAGGCUGCCAGUGAGAUCCUGAAGAUUCUGAACAGCAAGAAGAGAGAGGUGGUCAUGGCUCACUCCCUCCCCAAGAUGGCCAUCUAUGCCAGAUCCCUUUUCCCAAAUGUAUUUUUCGCUGUGAUGGCUGCAGGAGUGAAUAAUGCUGCAGGAGUGAAUAAUAUUGCAGCUUUAGCAGACUCAGAGGAGCCGUAGUCAACAUAGCAUUGGAUUGGCACUGAUUCUGGAUACACACCACAUAGAACUGGGAAUAAGAUGAUGUGUUGGGCCAGCACUUAUGACUGUCAAAUAUGGAGGACCAGCUGAGACCGGAAUGAAAAGAGAAGAAGACAAAACGAUUAUUGAAAUGUUUGUAUGUUUUCAAUGCUGAAUGGACACAGGUGACUGAAAAAGAUGUUGGAAAAAUGUUUACUUGUAAACUAAAAUAACUUGGGUAUCUCAUAAGGUACACAACUUGCUUCAGUAGAACUGUCAUAUAGCAGAAAUGAGGGAAACUGUUGUUUGUGUUAUUGGGAACCUUAUAUUAGGCCUAUAGAACCUAGAAAUAAACCUUGUUUUGA